UGUUAAAUGCGCUUAGUCUAAAUGAUCAGCUUCGCUCUAACGCGCAGAGGAGAAGCAGCCAUCAGCCCUUUUCUUUCUUAGUGGUGUUGGCAUCUGAUGUAAGAGAGCGAGAUGUCUACAUACUCCGUGUCUCUGACCGGUCCUGCUCCGUGGGGCUUCAGACUGCAAGGAGGAAAGGAUUUCAACAUGCCUCUGACUAUCUCCAGAAUAACCCCAGGCAGUAAGGCAGCCCAGGCAAACAUCAGCCAGGGGGAUACCAUCAUAGCCAUCGAUGGGGUCAGCACAGAGGGGAUGACCCACCUGGACUGUCAGAAUAAAAUCAAGUCAGCCAAAUUCGCCCUGAAUUUGAACCUCCAGAAAUCAAAACGUCCAGGGCCAGUUCCUACUGCGACUCCUCACUUAAUUUCCCAGAUGCCAGUUAUCCCUCAUCAGAAGGAACCGGCUUUCGAUGUCCCCCCAAGAGGCAUGAUCACAGGGUUGAUGUCUUCGGUUGCCGCCUGGCCGUCUAGUACCCCCGCUCGGCACUCUGGUAACAUGCCGGCAGCCAACGGGACCCAGGAGAACAACCUAGCUUCCCCCCCGCAACUCUUGCCAUCACCCGGACCCUCGACCUCCAUCAGGACUUCGCAGUCCUCUCCAGCUGUUUUCCUGACCUCCAGUCUCUCACCUCAAACAGGGGGCAACCUUACUAGGGCAGUGACGGGUGGCUUUGCUGUGGCUAGUGUUAGAGCCAACACGUCCAGCCCUAGCCAACGCAGGCAGUACAACAGCCCUGUCGGCCUGUACUCCAGCCAGACUCUCCAGGAGAUGGCGAGGGCCGUUGGCUGUAUGACCUCGAGGGGCAGGGCCUCCAUGGGUGAACUCCUCCACGGUAACCUUCAUGUUAAAGAUCCUCUGGUUGACAGCGCCUCGCCAGUCUACCAGGCUGUCAUUCGUAACACUAACAAGGCUCAGAUGGUGGGCCCCCAGAACGAGGUGGACGAGUGGGCUCGCCGGGCUGCUAACCUGCAGUCCAAAUCUUUCCGCGUCCUCGCCCAGUUGACAGGAACGGAAUACUUGCAAGAUCCGGAUGAGGAUGCCAUGAAGAGAUCAAGGGAAAAGUUUGAACAUGAAGUAAAAGGUCCACGAUUUGCCAAAUUGCGCAAUUGGCAUCAUGAUCUGUCUGCACAGAUCCUAAACAUUAAAGGGUAAAAUGCCCACGUGCAAUAAGACAAUUCAAGACGGUGACUAAUCAAACUAAAAAAGCAUUGUUACUGUCACAGUUGCUAAACAAAAUUAGUGUAAGAACAGAUAGAUAACAAGUUAAAUCAAGUGCUUGUUGAGUGUCUUCGAUCCUUAGCCUUGUAUCCCUCCUCUGUUACAAUGUACUAGUGCUUAGCAGGACAGGUCUUCCCAAUGUACUCAGCCAAUAAAAUGCUAAAAGGUUUAUUUCUGUAUAAGGAGUCAGCUUCUACAUCUUUGAGUUCAUUUAGAAAGAAUUGUGAGAUACUGGAUGAAAAAAUAUCUGUUUUUUGUAUAAGUAAAGGUGCAAGUUGAAACUAAGUGGUUGCUGUCAGAAUAUGGGGAAUCCUCACAGAACACAGUUUAACUUGAACACAGCAAUACAUCAGGUCGUUGUAGUCAGAGGGCCACUGUCCGCAGAAUAAAUUAGGAUAUUUAAAGGAAGAUAGGUAGAUAGAUGCCUGGAGGUAAAGGUAUAAAGGGAUGUGCAGAAAAAGCAGGGAGCUGGGAUUAACAAAGAGUCUCGAUAGACUGGAUAGCCUACUCCUACUUCUGAUUGUUAAUAGAAUGGGGAAGAUUUAAUGAAGUGAAGCUCAAUGGCAACGAACAGCAUCUCUGUUAAAAAGCUGAAAUCUUAACAAAGUCCAAGAUGGCUGCUUUGUGGAUUCUUGAAAAUCCUGCUGAUUUGGGACAUUGCAGAUCUCACUUAAAACAGUCACUGCCUCUCACCAACAUUACUCGUCACCAACAAGGCUUUAAUAAUCCACAGUCACCAGCCCUUGGAUGCAGUAAUCACCAGAUCACACAUGUGUUGGCAACUCCAUUUAAGGUAUUUUUUUUUGUCCCUCCCCUCUCCUUUUCUGUGCCUUACCCUCCCUCAUUCUCCACUUCUCAGACAGUCAAACCGCUGGCAAAAAUUGGAGUCUAAUUCUCAUAAACACUGCGUUGGUUGAACAAAUUAUUUGCUGCUUUAUCGGGCUUCCCAAAACACAGCCUAGCUUCCUGGGAAGGGUAGUAUUUUAUUGUGGGUUUAGCCUAGUGUGAAUCAGAUUCCAGGGUAAGUGAUAAGAUUGAUAUGCAAGAUGAAAAUCAAUUAGUCUAUAACAGACUACACAACAACAUCAGGGUGUUAUAUUAAAGUCACUUCCAGUAGCAAAAAGUAAAGAGUGAUUCCUUAAUAAUUUGUCUACUAAAUACACAGUAACUCCACUCUACAGUAAAUCCUGUCAAGCAUUGUGAGACAUCCUCCUGACAUGAAAGGUGCUAUAUCAAAUGCAAUGAUUUAUUAUUAAUAAUAAUAAUUGCACGAGCAUUCCUUCAGAAGAUUGAGGAAAAACAAAAUGUUUUAUGAACCAUUUAAUGGGGGUGGGGGAGAUUUAACGUAGCUAAGCUGGAAAUUAAUCAGGAUAGGAUGAAGGGAUUCAAGCAAAGAAAGUUUGUCUUUAAAGACAGUUUGGUAUUUGUAAAUCUCUCAGUGUAUUCUCAUACAAGAGCAGGAGUAUGGGAUGGAUUUUCACAUUGCCUUUUCACUCUUCCAUGUUUUCUUUCUCCCACCAAUCCACCCCUUCCUCCCCCCCACCUCCACCCCCCUCCCCAUGCCAAUUUCAUUUCAUGUUGUGACAUGGUUCUGCAGGUGCCAGCAGUGCUCUGAUACCUUGCCCCAAGUCACUAUUUUUCAUGUGUGAGCCUAGUGAGUGUCUUUGGGCUAUUCAGCCAUUCAGGUCAUCAAGGCAAUGCUUGAUCCCACUCGCUCUGUGCCACAAACAGGCACUUGCCAGUAGAGCUUAUUGAAUAGUGAUAAGUGGAACUGUAGCUGAUUUUUUUUUUUGCUUUCUUGCCACCCCAGUCAAAUAAUGCUGAGGCCAACUAUAGCUUUGUGUCCUGCCUCUUAGCACAGACUGGGGACUGACACACAGAUACAGUCUCUUAUAGCUGAGUAGAAUAGUGUGGAGUGCAUUUUACCCACUGGGUCAUCUUGGGGGGAAUCUGCUUCUGUUAGUUUAAUGGGAAAGGAGAGAAGAAAAAUAAAUAAAACUUUUACGAAGGAGAAUUCAUGGUUUGCAAAAUAAGACUAGAUAAAACAAAUUAUCAGCAGGAUGUGUUCUCCAUCAGGGGUUAAAGCACAUGUGCUGUAUAGAAAUGCCCUGUAUUAGAUGUUUGGGACAAUGGCUAGAUGGUAGAAAGACUGAGCUGUGUGGCACUUUGCCCAAACUCCUAACUGUUGCGUUAGGCAGUGACCUGAUAAUAUGUUUGUAGUUGAUUUGAAUAGAGAUGACGGGUGGACAUGUGACAUUUGAUGAGAAUAGUGUUUAAGGUCAGAUUUGGUGUGGGAGAUUGUUUGUUUGGUGAAAGGCAGGGUUUAUUUAUUCGGUUCCUGUAUUAUUUUGUGCUUUAGCUGCUUUGAUGUGAAAUUUCUCUGUAUAUACCAGCACGUAUUUCUCUGAAAUAAACUAAAAAUGACAUUUGAAACAGA